AGCGCAGGCGGGAGGAGGCGGCGGAGAGCGGCGGCAGAGAGCGGCGGCGGAGAGCUGUUGUCCGUGCUCUGAGCUCGGUGUGAGCCGCCGGCGGGCCAGGGCGGCCGCGCUCCGGGCUCCGUCCGCACCCGGCGAGAGGCAGCGAGGGAGGCAGCGAGGGAGGCCGCUUGCCGGGCGGCCGGAGGCUGUCCGCCGCCCCGCCAUGGCGGCUGCAAGGCAAGUGCUGUGUCUGUGGGCUUUGCUGGGCGUGCCGCGCGUUCGCUGCGAGCCCAUCCGCUACUCCGUGGCCGAGGAGGGCGAGAGCGGCUCGGUGGUGGCCGACGUGGCGGAGGACGCGGGGCUGGCCCCGGCGCAGCUCUCGGCUCGCCGGGCGCGCAUCGCCUCGCCGGCCGGCCGGCAGCACUUUCGCUUGGAGCGCGGCAGCGGCCGCCUCGUUGUCGCCGAGCGGCUCGAUCGGGAGGAGAUGUGCGGACGCUCCCGCACCUGCACGCUCGCCUUCGAGCUGCUGCUCGCCGACCCGCUGCAGUUCUUUCCGAUCGAGGUGUCCGUGGAGGACAUCAAUGACCACUCGCCGGUCUUCCCGGACGAACGAGUGACCUUUAAGAUCCCCGAAACCAGCGACCCGGGCUCGCGUUUCCCUGUGGGUGCGGCUCAGGACCUGGACAUUGGCAGCAAUGACAUCCAGGCAUACAGCAUCUUUCCUGAGAACGAGUUCUUCAGUGUCUUCACUCAAAGGAGGCAUGAGGGCAAUAUGAAUGUUGAACUGGUUUUGCAACAGCCUCUGGACAGAGAGGAACAGUCAGAGUUGGAUUUCACUCUCGUUGCCACCGAUGGGGGCUCUCCGCCCAGGAGCGGGACCACCCAAAUCCACAUCAUAGUUAUGGAUGUAAAUGACAAUGCUCCCAUUUUCACAGAGGACACAUAUAAUGGGCGAGUUGUGGAAAAUGCACCAGAAAGAUCAUUAGUUCUCCGUGUGAUGGCCAUGGAUGCCGAUGUGGGAAUUAAUGGUGACGUUUCAUAUCAAAUCAUCCAAUCUGUGGGCCAGAGCCAUUCAGCAUUUGCAAUCAACUCCACAAAUGGAGAAAUACUAGUAAGAGAACCUCUGGAUUUUGAGGCUUCACAGAAACAUGAGCUGAGUGUGCGGGCUACAGAUGGUGGAGGACUGUCGACACUCUGUCAUGUAUUGAUUGAGGUGCUGGAUGUGAAUGACAAUGCACCAGAGAUCGUGGUCAGUUCCUUCAGUAGCCCACUACCUGAGAAUGUAGCACCUGGAACAGUGGUCGCACUCUUUGCUGUCAGGGAUCAGGAUUCCGGCGUCAACGGGGAGAUUAAAUGUGCCCUUGAAGAACAGCUCUCCUUCGCCCUCAGGCCAGCCUUUAAGAAUUACUACGAGCUGGUGACCGUGAGCACGUUGGACCGGGAGGAGAGAGCACAGCACAUGGUGGUCGUCACGGCAGCAGAUGCAGGCUCUCCUCCUCUCACCAGCACCCACACCUUCAGCGUGGACAUCUCCGAUGUCAACGACAACGCACCCGUCUUCAACCAGACGUCGUACACCAUGUACGUGCAUGAGAACAAUGCACCUGCACUGCUCGUCGGGGCCGUGAAGGCGACGGAUGCGGACGCGGGGCCCAACGCCAAGGUGAGCUAUUCCGUGGUGCCAGCCCGUGGCCCGGAAGAAGAGCCCUGCUCGUGUGUGUCCGUGAACUCGGAGAGCGGAGGCGUGUUUGUGCUGCGGCCGCUGGACUACGAGCAGCUGAGGCAGCUGGAGGUGGUGGUGAGCGCUGCAGACGCGGGGUCCCCUCCCCUCAGCAGCAGCGUCAGCGUCCGCCUGCUGGUGGUGGACGAGAACGACAACGCGCCGCUGGUGCUGCACCCCAGCGCGCAGGACAGCAGCCCUCCUUCCAGCGAGCUGGUGCCCGCCGGGGCCGAGGCGGGGGACCUGGUGAGCAAAGUGGUGGCCGUGGACGCCGACUCGGGUCAGAACUCGUGGCUUUCCUACCAGCUGCUGAGGGCCACGGAGCCGGGGCUGUUUGCUGUGGGUGCCCAAAGCGGGGAGGUGCGGCUGAGGAGGCCGCCGACCGAGAGGGACGCUGCGAAGCAGAAGCUCGUCGUGCUGGUGCGGGACAACGGGCGGCCGCCGCUGUCGGCCACGGCAGCGCUCAGCGUGCUCCUCGUCCCCGGCUCCUGGGACGCUCAGCUGCCGCAGCAGAGCCCUGCUGCAGGCGAGGACGACGGCUCCCUCACCACCUCUUUGAUCAUCGCCUUGGUCUUUGUGUCGCUCCUCUUCUUGCUGUCGGCGGCCGCCUUUGUCGCCUGCAAGGUGUGCAAGAGGAAGGAGCUGAGUAGCGGGCCCGUGCUUUACGGCGCCAGCAGCGUGCAGAGCUACGUGGCUGACGGGGCCGCUGCCGGGACCCUGCCCCACGCCUAUUGCUACGAGGUCAGCCUCACCACGGGCUCGGGCAACAGCGAGUUCAAGUUCCUGAAGCCCGUCCUCCCCAGCCUGCCAGCGCAGCACUGCAGCACGGGGGUGGGUGGCGCCCAUGCUGAGGAGUUCCCUCCCGUGCCUGUCACUAUGGGGGAUGCUGAUUUCGAGAGCCCCGGGAUGCAGUCUGUGGCACAAUUGAAUGGGUUUUAAUUCACAGAGGGUCUCCAAUUCGGGUAGAUUCGUGGCUCGUUUAAUUGGCAAUUGGGUUUGAUGGUUAAUUGCAUGUCCCCUUGUUUAGAUCUGCAUUUGUCAUUUGCAUCCCAUAGCACAAGGUUGCUGUGCGUUCCCUCUGUUCCCCUGAAAGUACAGCAGCAACGUGAUUCAAGUUUCAUGCAUGUCAAUUAAUGGUAUUUUUAUGAUCUGUUAUGCCUGUUUCUGGAAUGCUUCCACAGUGGGUUUCUUUCCAUGGUGCCCAGCUCAUUUCCUCCCCAUUUGCUGGGUGAUCGUUUGGGCCAUGCUUAUUCCUGAGGGGGAUGCAGAACUGCACAGCUGCGGGGCUCAGUCUGGAGGGCAGUUUUCUGGGAGUUCCCUUAAGUAGCCCGGAGUCUGCACAGCCGGUGUCUUUGUGGCUUGAGAAAGGAAGGUCUCUGUGCAGUGGCAUUCAUCUCCAGAGGGAUGUUGCAUUUGCAAUUGGCAUUGUGCAUUCCCAGACGGCUGAGUGAGAAGGACGGUUUCCCUCCAUGUUCUCUGAAAGAAGCUGACAAACAGAAAGUUGCAUCACGUUUCAGGAGUGCUGUGGUUUGCUGUGUGUGGAGCGCUACGUUCCGAAGUGCUACAGGCACUGCAUUCUUCCUAUGCUGAGCUGUGCUUCUCUUUUUGUUUGCUGUGUGUUUUGCCUCCUGCUCAUUAUGUCUCUCCAUACAGCUGUGCUCUGAUCCACCCACUCUGAUGCAUUCUCUUGCAGCUGAGCUGGGAAAUUGGGUCUUGCUGAGUCCAGCAACAAGCACUACAGCUGCAUGCAUGGUGUUGUGACACACCAUAACUCAUGGGUGUCCAACCUUCUGGCUUGCCUGGGCUGCAUUGUGUUAGUUGGAAUUGUCUUGGUUUGCAUGUAGGUACAUUGCUUGGAAAGUAAUGCCUCCUCUUUAUUUCCAAGGAAACUUCGACUGAUGCAACGAACGCAAUAGCACUGUUGGGUAGAGCAGAUUCCCAGCUACAUAAUGCUGUUUUUCAACAUAGUCACUAUCAUAGCUAUACGUAUUCACUGGCAGUGAUCCUGAGCCUGGACGUUGCUGUCAUGAUCAUCUGCACCAGUGAAGCUGACCGUCUGUUGCUAUUGCUGAAACACACCGCUCACCACCUCAGGGUGCUCACCUCCACUGCCUGAUCUCCAUAAUCAUUCUGCAAGUGUUGAUGAAUGUCCAUGCCUGAAAUUUUUUCUGCAUGAAGUUUUUCAUGGACAAUCAGAGCUUGUUAAAAUCCUGCAUGUCAGAUCCCAUUUUGUCAGUCUGACCCUCUGCUGCCAUCUGCCAAAUGGUGACAGAAGGUAAUGGUGGGAAAGUUCAACCUCUUCUGUCAUUCCACCACCAUCCACCAUGGAUAUCAUUGGGUGCAACCAUAAUUAAAUUGGAGGCAUUACGUUCCAAGCA